CCGCGCUCGAGCAUCCAUCCUGUCCAUAAGGCUCCCUCGAUCCCGUUCGGAAACUAAUACUAAAUAAUAGGCGAAUACUACGAAUAACGCGCUUUGCUCGGGUAAGCAUCUCAUACAGGGGGUGAGAAAAGAUGGCUGCCCAGGAAGUGCAGCCGAGUGAGACCAUAGCGAAGCUGAAAUCCGAGUCAGAGACGCUGAAGACGAAGCUGGAGGACGAGCGGGCCAAGCUGCAUGAUGUGGAGCUGCACCAGGUGGCAGAGAAGGUGGAGUCUCUCGGCCAGUUUGUCAUGAAGACAAGGAGAACUCUGAAAGGACACGGCAAUAAAGUGCUUUGCAUGGACUGGUGUAAAGACAAGAGGAGAAUUGUGAGCUCGUCCCAGGAUGGAAAGGUGAUUGUGUGGGAUGCAUUUACAACCAACAAGGAGCAUGCAGUGACCAUGCCAUGUACAUGGGUGAUGGCCUGUGCGUAUGCCCCAUCUGGAUGUGCGGUAGCGUGUGGUGGUCUUGACAACAAGUGUUCUGUGUACCCACUCUCCCUGGAUAAGAACGAGAAUCUGGCAGCGAAGAAGAAGUCCGUGGCAAUGCACACCAAUUACUUGUCUGCCUGCAGCUUCACCAACUCAGACAUGCAGAUCCUGACAUCGAGUGGUGAUGGAACGUGUGCAUUGUGGGAUGUGGAAAGUGGACAGCUGCUCCAGAGUUUCCAUGGUCAUGCAGCUGAUGUGCUUUGCCUGGACCUCGCUCCAUCUGAGACCGGCAACACCUUUGUCUCUGGGGGCUGUGAUAAGAAGGCAAAUGUAUGGGACAUGCGCUCAGGACAGUGCAUCCAGUCAUUUGAGACCCACGAGUCAGAUAUUAACAGUGUGCGAUACUAUCCGAGUGGGGACGCAUUUGCCUCUGGCUCAGAUGAUGCUACUUGCCGUCUGUACGACCUGAGGGCCGAUAGAGAAGUGGCCAUUUAUUCCAAAGAGAGCAUCAUAUUUGGAGCUUCCAGUGUAGACUUCUCUCUCAGUGGCAGACUGCUAUUUGGCGGCUACAACGACUACACCAUCAACGUGUGGGACGUCCUAAAGGGGACCCGCGUAUCCAUUUUGUUCGGGCACGAGAACAGAGUCAGUACCCUUCGCGUCUCUCCAGACGGGACAGCGUUCUGCUCGGGGUCCUGGGACCACACUUUACGGGUCUGGGCUUGAACAGCAGCUUGCAUUGCCUGCUAGGUUCUCUCCGGCGUUGACGUCAACAGCGACAUUCACUAGAACAACUAUUAACAUAACGUGUUGGGUUCAUAAGAAAUGCACAGUAGAGUAGAACAGGGUUGAAGAGAGACUGUAGUCUAUCCAGACAAGAGCACAAUGUUAAUUAGAUUUUUUUAUUUUUUAUUUUAAAUGUAUACAGAACCAAAACUUGUCCGCAAUCACUAGCUCUGUCUGAAAUCAUCUACCAUGAGCUGUUUAUACUUAAACAGUAAAUACUUCUCGCUUAUACAUGAAGUGCAUGCAGGUUAUAAAGAAGACUAUAAAUAAUGGGGUAUCAUUCUACUUCACACUCCUUCUCUGGCUUCAUAUGUCACCUGAUUCAACUAUGAGUGAAUAAACAGGCAUGUGCUUGUUGGAAUAAGUUCAUAUAUAAAUAGCAGCAAGCAAUUGUGAGGAAGUUUUCAUAUAUUUACAAUUUAAAGUGGCAGUUGCCUGUUUUUUUGUUUGUUUGUUUGUUUGUUUUUGUUGCUUUUUUUCAUUUUAUUUUAACGAACAUGAAUAUACUAAGGACAUAUAUAAAAUGGCAAGGUAAUACGUGGAAGUAUUAGAUUUCGGCUACGACUACGCUCUUCUUCCAUAGGACACUUCAUAUCCAGCCCUCUUCUUACAAACUCCUGUGAUUGGCCGUUUUUGUUAGGUUUAUGUCUAGACCAAAAACAAACAAAUUAAUUCAUUUAAUGAAAUCCAGCAUAAGUCGUUAAACAUAUCUAAAUUGUAAAUGUAUCUCUGUCUUGUGAUAAUGUCUUGGAAACACAGACGGUAAGCUGAACUGCACUUACCGCCGUGUAGCUCGAUGUAGGAGGCGUGUGUGUUCAUUUACAAUUUUAGAUUCUAGUCUAAAAUAGCAACGCAGCCUGCUGGAAGAGCAGAGGUUUCUGUGCAGAUUGUUCAUAUAAUAUGCAAACAAUCCCUACUCAGUUAUCAUGUGCUCUUUGACAUAUAUUGAUCUGAAGUAAUACUUGCACUAUAGGAACAGUUACUACUGUAGCGAAAUGUAUAUAUCAUAUUUGUCCACAAUAAUAAUAGUGUCAUCAUUAAAGAUAAAUAAAUGGGUUUUACAU